AUGAGAAGCGUCUCCAGUGUAGAGUCUGCAGAUCACACUGUCUGUGCAGCGAUCAGGAUGAAGAACAUUCCGAAUAUCGUCUUCCUCUUCUCCCUCCUCAUCGCCUCGUCUCUUGUGGGGGAGACCCUUCCUCGGGGGGCGCACACCGACCCGGCGCAGGAGGACCCCGCCGCCCUCCAGCACAACGCUACCUCCAGGUUGAGGAUCAUCUCUAUGGACUACGAACACGUCAAAAUCCCACUGGAGAUAACGUUAUGGAUUAUGUUGGCAUCACUCGCCAAGAUAGGCUUCCAUUUGUCACGUUGGGUCACCACGGUGGUUCCAGAGAGCUGUGUCCUGGUCAUCGUUGGGCUGGUCAUGGGCGGUAUCAUCGUUGCGGUGGAUAAGCAGGCUCCGGUCAUGAACAGCGAUAUCUUCUUCCUCUACUUGCUGCCCCCCAUCGUCCUGGAUGCCGGUUACUUCCUGCCCAUACGGCCCUUCUUCGAGAACAUGGGCCCCAUCCUGUGUUACGCGGUGCUGGGGACCCUCUGGAACGUGUGUGGUGUCGGCCUCUCUCUGUACGGCGUGGGCCAGGUGCAGGCGCUGGGUCUGCAGAACGUCUCCCUCCUCCAUAAUCUCUGGUUCGGGAGCCUCAUCUCCGCCGUCGACCCCGUGGCCGUCCUGUCCGUGUUCGAGGAGAUUCACGUCAAUGAGAAGCUCUACAUCCUGGUGUUCGGGGAAUCUCUGCUGAAUGACGCCGUGACUGUGGUUCUAUAUAAACUGUGUGAAGCGUUCAGUAAAAUGUCGGAGAUUCGGCCGUCGGACGUCUUCGCCGGCGUCGGGACGAUCUUUCUGGUGGGGAUCGGAGGAGUUCUUAUCGGACUCGUGUUCGGCUUCGUGGCGGCGCUGACCACGAAAUUCACGGAGCACAUCCGCGUCAUCGAGCCGCUCUUCGUCUUCCUGUACAGUUACCUGGCGUACCUGACCGCCGAGAUCUUCCACCUUUCCGGCAUCAUGGCAAUUGUCACCUGUGCCAUGACUAUGAAGCGCUAUGUGGAGGCCAAUAUAUCGCAGAAGUCGUACACCACGGUGAAAUACUUCAUGAAGAUGUGGAGCAGCGUCAGCGAGACCCUCAUCUUCUUCUUCCUCGGCCUCUACACUGUGGGGAACAACCAUGAUUGGAACUGGACCUUCAUCAUCCUCACCCUCUUCUUCUGCCUCUUCUGGAGGGCCUUAGGUGUUGUGGUGCUGACCAGCAUUUUGAAUAAGAUCUCCCUGACCUCCAUCACCGUGAAGGACCAGUUCAUCAUCUCCUACGGUGGUCUCCGUGGCGCCAUCUGCUUCUCCUUGGUCUUCCUUCUUCCAGACUUUCCGCAGAAAAGGCUUUUUAUUGCGGCCACCACCGUGGUCAUCCUCUUCACCGUCUUUGUCCAGGGAAUGACCAUCCGCCCUCUGGUGGAGUUAUUGGAGGUGAAGAGGAAGAACGAGCGCCUCUCCACCGUCAGUGAACAGGUGAACAUUCGGCUCUUGGACCAUGUGGUGGCCGGGAUGGAGGAUGUCUGUGGGCACUGCGGACACUUCUACUGGAAGGACAAGUUUGAAUACUUCAACAAUAAAUAUCUGGGGAGGAUUCUGCUGCGGGACAACCAGCCCAAGUCCAGCAUCGUCCUCCUCUACGAGAAGCUGGAGAAGAAGCACGCCAUCGAGCUGGCCGAAGCCGGACAAUUGGCGGAGCUCUCCGCGCUCUCUGCCCAGCGGAAAUAUCACAAGUCAUCAUCCGGCAAAGAGAACCUGUCUGCCCAACAGCUGGAGGACAUCAAGGAAAUAUUGUCCAGGAACUUGUACCGGAUCAGGAAAACGACUCCAUCGUACAGCAGACACACUCUGACUGCGGACCCCGGGGCCCAACAAGCUAAAGAGAUCCUGAUCCGGAGACAUCAGAGCCUGCGAGUCACUCUCAGCAAGUACGAGCAACCGUACAGGAAGCAGAGCGUUGACUCGGCUUUGCUGCUCGGUGAGCCACGGAAAAAAACAAAACUUUUCCGUUCAUUAACUGUUGGCGCUCCGGACACUCCGGUGAAAUUCUCCAGGAGGAACCUAGAGGGCGGCGAUGUGACUUUGCCGUGUGAGAAGUCGGAGGAGACGAUCGAGGAGGAGGAUUGAAGAUCAUCUGCAGAAAUCCCAGCAAUAUCCUGAAGCUUAGCCGCCGACUCCCAGACCCGUAGAGAGGCUUGUAGAUGCCGAAGUCCAAAUGGUGGAUAAUCACAGCACAACGUGAGCCACAUGGAGGGAUAUCCCCCGCAGGGGCCCCGGGGACCUUAGGUGACCUUCCACCCCCCCAUCCCCCAACCUGAAAAGAGCAAUCGCAGACUGUACAUUAAAGAGGACCUGUCCUAUACACACCCAGCCUGAUCAUUAAAGAGGACCUGUCCUAUA